AGCCAUCGUCUCUAUCGGAAGCACAGUAGCAUUAACCAACCAUCAAACAGUUUCCUCUGUGUUCAUCGGGAGACCACUGUGUACUGCGUUUCUUUGAGCGAUCAUGGAGUCCCAAGUCGCACAUCCCCAGGGCCACGGUUACGGACAAGACCCCAACGCUGUUGGCCUUCAUUCUGCUGUGGAGGGGGGACAUAACGAGCACCACCAUGAGAAGAAGUCGGUCCUGAAGAAGGUGAAGGCCAAGGCUAAGAAGUUGAAGGACACGAUCACGAAGCACGGCCGCGGUCACAGCUACGACCAUCCCGAAGGCCAUGUCCCUGACGAUCACGACCUCGAUGAGGAGGAUGACGAGGACGAAGAAGUGGUUGGGGACCCAGAAAUCCACGGAGCACCUAUAUAUGAGCCAGUCGCGAUCGUGAGCAGUGUGGACUCUGGAAGGUCUUUAGGGACGGGAGAGGACCGUGGAACUCCGAGCGAUGCCGGGCAGGAGGAGAAAUUCGCGAAGCCGAGGGUCGAUUUGGGAAGGACUGGGGCGAUGGAGGAAGAGGUCCUGCGGUCGCCAGCAAACACACCGCAGUCGGCGGCUCCCACUCUUGAUCCUGGGACCACGCAACUUUCCGAUCCGACUAGGACUUUUGUCCAUGGGAUGAGUGAAGCAGAGCGAGGCACACCUACGGUCAAUUUGGCAAGGCCUGGUGGGUUGGAAAAGGACCCGCACUCGCCCGGGAGCAGGAGAGAGCCAUCGAACUAUCAGGCCAAAGUCACAGAUCCUACUGCUUCAGGUGGAGAGGAAGCCGAUGUUUCGCUGGUCAUUCGUUCCCUUGGGAAGAUGACGGUGCAAUAUGAAACAGGGCCAAAAUCAGGGACAGAUCAGAGCUUACCUGCCGAGACUCGCGCUUCUUAUAUCUCGAACAUACCCACCGGGACGGGAAGCCACGGUCAAUUCUCUCCUGAACCGACAUCCAUGGAGACCGACGCUGCUUCGCUGGGAGUGGGAGUGGAUGUCACGAAGCCGGAGGCUCACCCUCGUGACCAAACAGAGCACAAACCCUCGAGCCCCAGCAGUUAUACAGAGAAAUUAUCCUCUGCUACAUCCGCGAUUGCUGAGAAGGCAAUCUCGGCUAAGAAUCUGGUGGCUUCAAAGCUCGGAUACGGCGAAAGAGAGUCACCAAAUAGCUGUGAUGCUACCGGAAGUGAGACACACUCUCAGGGUGAGAAGCCUUCUGAUCAGAGCAGCUACGCUGGAAAAGUCUCAUCCGCUACUUCUACAAUUGCAGAUAAAGCAAUGUCAGCGAAGAACAUUGUCGCAGCGAAGCUUGGCUGCGGUGAGAAAAGCAACACAAACACCUCUGACGACGCUGGUAGCACCAAAUCCGAGCCUCAAGCACAUGAGACCACUGCAGCUAGUGGCAAACGUCCGGAACAGAGCAGCUACACUGGAGCAAUCUCGGCAAUAGCUGAUAAAGCAAUCUCUGCCAAGGACACGGUGGUGUCUAAGCUCGGAUAUGCUAAAAAAGAAGGGGAGGCAGAAACUCUCGGUCCAGGAGGAAAUCCACCUGGGAAGGAGCAGGGAAAGGGCAUAGGGGCAACAGUGACGGAGAAGCUGAGCCCCGUGAUCUCGAAAGUCACCGGCUUGACGACGGGCCAGCGUGCAGAGGCAUCGGGAGAGGUGAUAGGGGCGCAGACCCAGGAUAAGGGGGUGUCAGUGAGGGAUUACUUGGCGGAGAAGCUGAAGCCAGGGGAGGAGGACAAGGCACUGUCGGAGGUAAUAUCGAGCGCUCUGCACAGGAAGAAGACUGGGGCGGAGGCAGAGGCAGCAACGGUGGUGAAGGUGACGGAAUCGGAGGAAGUGAAGCAGCAGCUGGGGGAGGGGGAAAGGCAGUUGAACGGUCCAGGGAAGGCCAUGGUGGACAAGCCGAGAGGAACGGUGGGCUCGUGGUUCAGCAAGACCGACGAUUCGAAGGCUCCGCAGCAAUAUGCCCGCCAUGAUGGGAGCGAGGCUGUUUCUUCUGCUGCAGAUGAACAAUACGGCGACGAGAGGAGACUCCAGGAAUCGAGCAACUGAUGCAAGCAAAAGAAGGGAUUUUUCAGUGUCGACGUGUGUGGAUUUUUAUGAGCUUUUUCGAAGGUUGUAAUGUACGGUUCAAAUGAUUUGUGUUUGUGGAACAGAUUACCUGUGAAUGCAGAGUCGGGAUCUUCCCUGGUUCAUACUUUUUUAAUAAAACAACAUGUUGCUUGA